AUGGGUGUAGAGCAUUUCCAGCGGUAUACCUGUGGGAGGAAGCUCAAGGGAGCUUGCUGUAAGUACCAUAGUGUCGAGGCUUGGAAUAGUCAGGAGAUCGUGCUGGACGAAGAGGACAGGGCCGUCGAAUAUAGAGACCAGGAACUAGAUGGCAGUGCUUCUGUUGCAUGGAACAGCAAGCAUUGA